AGGAAACACAUAAGUAGGUGUCCGUGUGUCGUUUGUUUCUUGGGAUGUUGGUUUGUUAUCCCUCACAUUCGUCUCUAUCCCAUUCUCACCUUGCAGUCAUUGUCCUUGAUCUGUGAUCGGACGCCCUCCCAAUUCUCCUUGCAUUCCUUUCGCCGUCCUACCUCUCACACUCAUCAGGAUGCAUUACUCAAGAGUGUUGGCCUGCUUGGCCAUGUUGAGCAGCACGUCCUUCGCAGCCUAUGUUCUUGAAGAUGACUACUUCGCCGGCGCAGGCUUCUUCAGCAAAUUCGAUUUCUUCACUGGGCAUGAUCCGACCAACGGCUUCGUUGCAUACCAGAGCAAGGAUAGCUCCACUGCCAAGGGCUUGAUCAGCAGUUCCUCGGGGAGCGCACAGAUGCGUGUCGACUCCAAGAACGUGGUGACGAACGGUCGACCCGCUGUCCGCAUCUCCAGCACCAAAUCAUACAACACCGGUCUCAUUAUUGCCGACAUUGCACAUAUGCCUGGUGGCAUCUGUGGUACAUGGCCUGCCUUCUGGAUGCUCGGCCCGAACUGGCCCAAUGGCGGUGAAAUCGACAUCAUCGAAGGCGUCCACGACAACUCGGUCAACGCCAUGGCCCUUCACACCGGUGCCGGCUGCAGCAUCAACAACAACAGCGGCUUCAGCGGCCACAUGGCCACGACCAACUGCUUGAGCCCGGGCAACAACGGUAACAUGGGCUGCGGCAUCUCCGCACAAGGUAGCAAAAACACCUACGGCGCAAGCUUCAACGCCGCACAAGGUGGCAUCUACGCCACCGAGAUCACCGCCCAGGCCAUCACCAUCUGGUUCUUCCCGCGCGGCAGUAGCCAGGAAAAGAACGCGCAAUCCUCCGCCCCGAACCCAGCGUCAUGGGGUACGCCCGUGGCCAAAUUCACCGGCGGCUGCAGCAUUGCGAAUUCCUUCAAGAGCCUCAAGAUCAUCUUCAACACGACCUUUUGCGGCGAUUGGGCCGGCGGUGUCUGGGGUUCCAACCCGACGUGUAAGGCCAAGGCGCCGACGUGUAAUGCGUAUGUCGGCCAGAACCCCAGCGCGUUCAGUGGUGCGUAUUGGGAUGUGCGCGGUUUGAAGGUCUUCAAGCAGGCUAGCAGUAAGAGAGGAGAAGAGGGCAGGGAGAUGCCGGUCUCCUUCGAGGCGUGAGGGCAAUGAUUGAUCUUUGUUGUGGACUUCUGCUGGAGUCUCUCUUUUCUGAUUCUUGAGUGGAUGGCAGCGUGAUAUGGCGUCCAGGGAAGGGUUCACUUAUGAAAGCGAGUCUGAGCGAGGUGUUCCGGUUGAGUGGCAUGGAGCACGAAAAUUCUUCUUCCUCGAUGUGCUGGUCAUAUCCUUACUUUGAGAUACCCC